CUAGCCCGAGCCCGUCCCGCGCCCGUCGUCCCGACCGCGCGCUCGCGCUGGGCCUGAGUGACGCCGUGUGCCGACGGACGAGGCGACCUGCCCUGCCCUGCACUGCACUGCCCUGCCCCGCGCCAGCGCUGUGCAAGCGCGUUCCCCGCGACGCGGUCGGGUGUCAGCGGUGCGUGCCGCUUGGGCGUGAUCGCCGCCGGUCGUCGGUGACCGGUGGGCGCGGCGGACGGUGAUUUUUGGUGAAUCGGUGACGCGUUUGAGGAUUCGUCAGUUAGCGGUGAGUGGACGAUCUGGUGAUCUCAUGCCGAAGAAUCGGCGGACAGUGUUCGGUGACUUUUUGGUAGUGAGAUAAGGCGCCUGGUGAUUGGUGUGUGCGGUGAUCGGAAAAUCGAAGGAGCAGAAUCGAUGACAUUCCAAAUCUUUGAUCAAACGAUCCAGUAAUAGACAAUCGGUGAUCUAUUUAAAUGUGUGAUCCGCGAAUGUGUGACGCUAUGAUCGACAACUUAAAAGUGGUGACAGGAAAGUGACUGUUGCCAACCGAACAUACAUCGGCGUGCUGGUCGAUGCUAUUGUUUUCAAUUGGGUGUGACACCGACCAUUGAUUGCCCGGUGACUGCUGUCGACUGAGCUUCUAUCGACUCGGAGGCCGGUGAUUUCGUGUUCUGUGGGCGUGGCAACGAACUUCGAUUACUUCCCGGCCAUCGAUUGCCCGGUGACUGCUGUCAACUGAGCGUCAAGGGACGUCGUGAGUGGGCGUGGCGACCGUACCCGCUCCGCGAGACGCGUGCCUGUUGGGCCAGGUGGCUGCAGGUGUCUUCGAUGGACCUGACGACGCGUCCGCGGCCGGUGGCGGCGUGCGGCGGCGACGGCUGCGGGGGCGGCGGCGGAGGCGGCGUGGGCUGCGUGGGCGGCAAGGCGGGUGCCCGCGCCGCCAAGAGCGUCUUCUCCAUCCGGUCGCUGGUGGGCGCGGGCGACGGCGAGGCGGAGGAGCCCUCGAUCGGUGAGUAAUUGGAGAGACUGAAAAUGAAGAGUACUACUGCUGUAAGUGAGUAAAAUGACAAUAAUGAAUUCAAUGGCAAUUCUGUUAAAUUUCUUUCUUCAUACGUUUGCUGAUGCAAAAUCAACUAAAUACACAAGACGAAUUGUGUGGAUUAAUAGAACACCCACAUAAAAAUGACUUUCUCGAAAUGGUCACAUAAUGUUUA